AUGGCAGCUGUUGUGCGUGGCUGGGCUUUUGCUGAUCAUGCAGAUAUUAUUUGGAUGGAGACAGCGAGCCCCGACAUGGUUGAGUGCACCCAAUUUGCUGAGGGGGUGAAGUCUCUGCAGCCUGAGGUCAUGUUGGCUUAUAAUCUAUCACCAUCUUUCAAUUGGGAUGCAUCUGGAAUGACUGAUGAUCAAAUGAAGGACUUCAUUCCUAGGAUCGCCAAGUUGGGGUACUGCUGGCAGUUUAUAACACUGGCUGGUUUCCAUGCUGAUGCGCUUGUGGUCGACACUUUCGCGAAGGACUAUGCUAGGAGAGGAAUGCUGGCUUAUGUUGAGAGGAUCCAGAGGGAGGAGAGGAACAAUGGAGUUGACACACUUGCUCAUCAGAAAUGGUCUGGUGCUAAUUUCUAUGAUAGGUACCUUAAGACCGUCCAGGGAGGCAUUUCUUCAACUGCUGCUAUGGGCAAAGGCAAGUCAUUCUAA